GAUUGAAAAAAAUGCAGGUUGUGAUGAAAUUAUGGUAUUGAAUAACACGAAACCAUUCACAAUUCUCGACGCUGUUACUUUUGAAGUGUAUUUGCGUAAUUAUUAUCGGAUCUUUAGCGAUCUUACUCGUUUUAUCUAUCGGAGAAUUUAUCUAAUCAGUUUUCGUAUUGGCAAGGUAACGGCAAAAAAGAUUACUAAUAAUUAUUGAGCAGUUUAUGAUAAAAACAGAAAAUUAUUGAAGUGUUAUUGAAACCAUUUUCUUUUAGUUUUUCGUAUAUUUGGUGAUUAAAAAAUACUCAAGAAAUGGCCGAGUACAUCGACUACGGCUGGAGAAACGGGGAUAUAAUCAGCAACGAUUUCAACAAGACCCACUACAAGAACAUUACUUCAGCAGAUCGAGACAUUGCUAUCAAUGCCCUGAGAGGUUUGUUGAAGAAAAGUGAGGAUUACGAAAUCAGGAACUACGCUGAACAGGAUGACAAGACGUUGCAGAAGUUUCUAUUCGCCAGGAAAUUUGUGCUGGAGGAUAGUUUCGAGCUGAUCAAGAGUUACUACGCUUACAGGAAACGGAAUCCGGAUAUUUUUAGAGGACUCAGUUUGGAAUCGUCUGACAUAAGAAAGGCUUUGGAAAAUGGUUUACCAGGUGUACUAAAGGACAAAGAUCGUAAAGGCCGAUGCGUCUUGCUUCUGACCGGAAACAACUGGGAUUGCACCAGCUACAGUUUACUGAGCAUAUACAGGGCGAUGCUGUUCUCCUUGGAACAGCUCACCAACGAAAUGCACAACCAAGCCAACGGAUUCGUGGUCAUCGUCGACUGGACCGAGUUUUCUUACAAACAGACGCUCUGUCUAAAACCUGCUGUCUUGAGAUUGAUGAUUGAAGGAUUACAGGAUUGUUUUCCAGCAAGAUUUAAAGGUAUACAUUUUAUUGGCCAACCAUGGUAUGUAGACGCCGCUUUAGCUGUAACCAAACCUUUUUUAAAAGAAGAAAUUAAAGAAAGAAUAUUUAGCCAUGGUAAUAACUUGAGUACUUUGCACGAGGAAGUUCAUAAAGAUAUUUUACCAGCCGAAUUAGGAGGUGAAAAACCAAGCUACAAUCCCGGAUCUUUCUUAGAAUUAUUAGAAGAAAAGAAUAAAAUUAACUCUUGAACAGAAUCUCACCUUUCCAUUGAAUGACAAAUACGUAUAUGAUAAGACUCUCUUUUACUGAAUUGACACUGUAAGUCAACUUAAUGCAAGAUAUACUCUAUAAUUUCAAGUAGCUUAAUUAAUCAAUGAUUUUUGCGCACGAAUUAACAUCUACAUAUACUAAGAUGUAGAUAGAUGAGGUCAAGUUACAUGCAGAAGACUGAUUAUUUAUAUUGUUAAAGCUUAAACAUAAGUGGUUAUUAAAUAUGUGAUGAACUUGU